AUGUCGAGCACGAGCCUCCCUAAGUACUCCGUCGCGCCCUCCUUUGCCCGCACACCGUCGUAUCGGGCCGAGCCGCAGCAAGACGAGCGGCGCAUCGCGCAGGCGACAAUCCCCCGAGCGCGCCCGGCGACGGAGUUUUCGAAACCGUCUAAGAGCGGUUCUGUGACUCUACGCUUGCAUGAUCAGGAGAACGGUGCUGAAGCUCCGGUGUACGGAUGCGGGGCCGUCAUAGAGGGGUCGAUUGAGUUGGCCAAGCCAGACAAUAUCGUCGAUGUUGAAAUCAAGAUCGAAGGAGUGCUUACAUUGAAAGACUUCGGCGAACAAGGGACAUCUUCGAAUUGCGUAUUGCUCGAUCGGCAAACCCUCUUCAGCAAUCCGAUCGACCGUUGCCCUACCAGCCUCUCGUUCGAGCUCACGCUACCCAUGACCUUCUCGGACGGCAAGGACCAAUACCCAUUGCCGCCGACUUAUUCAGUGACACUCGAGGGUGUGCCGGGCUUCCAUGCCUCCAUCGCAUAUUCCAUUACCGCGAUUGCCACGAAGGCGAAGAGUUAUAUAUUUAACAGUCCGGUAACCACCGUUUCUACACCCAUCACGUACUACCCGCGUUCUCGUCCCGCUAUGCCGCUUCCGCCGCCAUUGCACACGUACCCUGAUAGCCACGGUUUUGUGGAUUCUCCCGAUUGGCGGCCUUUCAGCUCAGUCAUCAAGGCCAAAUCUGCGAGUGCUCAGGAUAUAGUCGCGUCUGUGUAUGUACCUUCGUCGAGGAUAUUCUGCAUGACGGACCCGAUCCCCGUCUACGUAACCUUUUCGUCUUCAUCGUAUUCGUUGGCGUCUUUCAUGUCAUAUGGGCCGACUCCGACACUCCUAUCCGCGACCAAGCAAGCGACUAGCUUGCGACUGGUGCGGCAAUCGACCGUGGAUGUCCGGAAUGAGCUAGUGUUGGGAACCAAAACAGACAUUUGGCGCACGGACGUCAUCGGGGAAGGUCAGCUCCAGUUCAACGGCGACGGCCGCGACUUCAUCGCGUACGCCGGGCAAAUCGUCGUCAACGAGGAUGUGAAGGUAUGCGGCUUUAAAGCAGGCGGCCUCUUCGUGAAGGACUACAUUGUCCUCACCAUGACCCCGCCCGACCCGAAACAGUGCCCGUUCCGCGACUUGAGGCUGGUCAUCCCCGUCCGACUCACGACGGACAUAUGGGACGGUAUGGGCGACGGUCUCGCGCUCGGGAGCCUAGGGUACGGCAGCCAGGGCGUCUGGGCGGACAACACGUCGAGCGUGCCGUCCGACCCGGACGACUACGCCGAAGCGCUGCCGCAGCUUGCCGGGAUGCCCCGCGCGAUUUGAGAUUUUCCUCGUGACUAAUGCUUGGACUCUCCGGCGGCGACGACGAUUAAUGCUGUACCUGUAGGUGUAGAGGUUGUGUAACUUAUUACUCUCAGAUAUUUGCAUCGUUUCUCC